UUAUAUGAGCAAGAGCCUUUAAGAGCCUAAAUACACAUUCGGGGCGCACUAAAGAAACCAUUCAGCCUACCUCAUAUUUCAUAUUUACCAGGAAUAAGUACACAGGCUAAUUCAGAAAGAAUACAAGUUCAAAGCCUCUUAAAUACCUCUAUUUUAAUAAACUUCUCUAAAUGACAGGGAUUGGAAUAACAUAUUUGCCGUGGAGUGCACCAAAGGAUGUUUAAAAUGUAAAUCUUAGAAUGAAAUGGGUAUAUUCAAAUAACGUAUGAAAUAACAUACUUUGAUAAAAAGAUGGAUAAAAACAAUUUGAUGCCGUGUCAAUCUAGGAAUCUUGUGUGAAUUAACUGAAAUAAUUCAAAUGACUAUGGACCAGGAUUCCUCAGUUUCCCAUCAACCAAAAGAGGAUGUCUCUUCAGACAAAGAGUCCCUGAAACAUGAACUUGCAAACACCAAAAAGGGCGACAAACUUCAAAUGGCAAACGUCGUCCUCAGUGCAAUGCCCAGUAACCAGGCCCAUAUCGGCCAUGAAGGAAUCUCCCUUACGAGAGAGAAAAACCGAAUGAACAGAAAACUCCAUAAGAAAAGAACAAGCAAUGACGGGUUAAAUUCAUCCAUGAAUAGUUCCAAAGGAUUAACCAAAAGAAACCAAGUUGCUUUGGAUGUGGAGCUUCAAAGUUUUCAGGAGGAUGAUUUUGACAAGGUAAUCUAUGAGGAAGACGAGACAGAAACUGAACGAAUUGUGCAGAGUAAGAUUCUGAUGAUCAAACAGAUGCCCGCUUCCAUAUAUGUAAAAAGACAAGUCAGGGCCAAACUGCUAUCCGUUCCCACAGUACCCUUGACUGGAUGUGCCGCAUGGCGAGUGCAACAAAGAGCUAGCUGGAGAAGAACAAAGAAUGCCUACAAUGAUUUAAUGAGCCGAUUGGAACUUUGGCGCCGAUCUUUCAAAACAAUAGAAGGACAUUUUGGUGCAGGGGUCGUGUCAUAUUUCACAUUCCUGAAAUGGCUGUUCUUUUUGAACAUCUACAUUAUGUUGCUGUUCGGUGUUUUCAUCGUUCUUCCCCAGGUUGUGUUCCCCUCAGUUGAUUACAAUUCAAACGUGACGGGUAAUGGUACAUCCGUGAAUCUCUCUGCUACAAUGGUGUGCUCAGCCAACUAUAACGUCACUGUUGAUCCCACGAAUUACCAACAACUGAUUCUGGACUUCCUACAGGGCACAGGGUGGAUGGAAAAGACUGUACUUUUCUAUGGGAUUUACGACAAUACAGAGCUGAAUAUUGGAACAUUUGAAGGCUUGACUUAUAACUACAACAUGCCCCUGGCCUACCUAUGUGUCACCAUAACAUACCUUGUUCUCUCUCUCAUACUCAUGGUCAGACAUACAGGAAAUAGUUUGAAGGACAGUCUAGUUACUGACGAAGACAGAUUCUACAGCUACAGUAACAAGGUGUUUGGUGGCUGGGACUUUUCUAUGGAAGAUCCAUAUGCAGCUGGGUUGAAAAAGAAGAGUCUCUACAAUGAAAUAACUGGUGACCUUCAAGAAGAACGGGAAGCCUCCAGAAGACGUCAACGACGUGGCUGGAAGGCCUGUGGCAUCUUUACCCUCAGAGUAUUUAUCAACAUCAUUGUACUGGCUAUUCUAGGAGGAUCAGGGUAUCUGAUUUACUAUGCAACACAGGUCUCACUUGAAUUCUCCAAGAGUGCACUAUAUUCACAGUAUUCAACGUUGGUACAGUUGCUAAUGGAGUUCCUGCCUUCCCUGACAAUCACAUUUCUCAACAUAAUUGUUCCCUCCAUCUUCCAAAAGAUCAUCCGUGCCGAGGACUACACACCCAUGAUAGACAUUAAGUUGACUUUGGUCAGGACUGUGUUCCUACGACUUGCUUCACUUGCCACUCUGAUAGCCACCCUAUACAUUCAGAUAACCUGCCUGCCCAAAGACUCCUGUGGUGUUAACACUGAUGCGUGUACACCUCUACAGUGUUGGGAAACAUAUGUUGGCCAACAGCUCUACAAGUUGGUUAUUAUGGACUUCAUCAUAACAAUAGGUGUCAUAUUUUUUGUGGAGUUCCCCAGGAAAUUAUUUGUUACUAAAUGUAGCUGUAAAGCUUGCAAAAUGAUUGGGCAACAGAAGUUUAUGAUACCAAAACAUGUCCUAGAUCUCGUAUACUCACAGGCCCUCUGCUGGUUAGGGGCCUUCUAUGCACCAUUGAUUCCUGCUGUGUGUGUGUUGAAGUUCUUCAUUUUAUUUUAUGUUAAAAAGCUAACUGUGCUGGUGAACUAUGAGCCAAGUGGUCGCCCAUACAGGGCAUCAAAGUCCAACAGUUUCUUUAUGAUUGUCCUUCUCUCAUCCUUUUUCCUUGUCUGCAUACCGAUUGCUUACUCAAUUGCUCAAUUAGCUCCAUCUAAGGGAUGUGGACCGUUUCGCAUAUAUUAUUAUAUGCAUGAGAUCAUGAGCAUCACCAUAGCAACCUGGCCUGCUGCCCUCCAGUCCAUAUUUAACUUCAUCACAUCAGCAGGAUUCGCUAUACCAUUAUUUAUAGUAUUAGGGCUGGUUGUAUAUUAUUACUCUACAAUGUCAUCGGCUAAUAAAGAAAUGGUUGCUAUUUUAAGAGAACAACUUAUUCUGGAAGGAAAAGACAAGCAGUUUUUAUUGGGCAGAAUAAACGAGCUUUCUGGUGAUAAAAAAACAGGAAAAAAUAAAGAAAAGAAAAAACUAGAGGCAACAAUGUCAGUUGCUGAUGAGAGUAUUCCAGAAAAGCCAGAUGGCUCUCUAGGGAUGCUUCGACAGAGGACUGGACACUCCGUGGCACCAAGUGAUGUAGAACUUGAGCGCCAUGUUAACACACCUCCUGGAGUUCCAUAUUAGAUCUAGAUUACAUCCAUAGUUCCCAAGAUAAGAUCUACAGAUCAAGUAGGGGCGAUAUAAGAUCAAUAGAACAUCAAUGUG